CCAAAACAUUACCGUCGGGGCCAGGGGAGCGAACAAGUCGCCGAUCUUAUUUCACAAAAUCUUGCAGUGUGUAAACGAUUAGACACAACGCCGAAGGGACUUCUGUAUUAUACCACGAAACGCUUAAGUCUGCUAUGGAACUAGAUUUCAGCUUUUAAAGAGUUUGUCAUUACAUCACUAAAAGAGCAACGAAAUUAUGGCGGGACCCGUAUCUUCGGGGUAUCUUUACAUGCAAGUGGCAAAGGGGGAAUUACAGAAAGUCCGAGUCAAGCUUUCAAGAGAAGCUCUGACGAUCCAGAAAGAAGGCGGUCCAUAUGCUUCGCCGAACGCUCAACUAGCCACUGGAAGCCCAAUCAGGAAUGGAUCCCCCGGCCUUGAUUCUAAACCAGGAACUUUAUCUAAGGAGAGAAAUGUUAGAAUCACAAGAAGAAAGAUAGGAGGACUUGGUAUGAGUAUUAGGGGUGGUAGAGAAAGCAAUCUUCCUGUUGCAAUAUCAAGAAUAUACAAAGACCAAGCAGCUGCUGCAACAAAUAACUUGUACGAGGGAGAUAUAAUAUUGGAGGUUAACGGCCAUGACCUGAGACAUGCCACUCACGAUGAAGCUGUGGCAGCACUGAGAGAAGGCGGGUCUGAGGUGGAAAUAGUUGUUACACAUGGAAGCACAGGUUCAUUGCAUAAGCAAGAAAUACAAGCAAAUGGUAUAGUGCGAAGUAUAGAGGAAGCCAAUGAAGAUUCUCAUGAACACAGCAGAUUGACUUCAAAUGAGUUCGGUGAAACAAGUUCCAUGUCCUCCAUGCAGAGUUGGACAGACAACAUCGUGCUCCCUCUCACGUUCGCCUCUAUCUCAAGAUACAAGACAGGCGAGGAUAACCUGAGGGUCAAUGCGUUUGAAGUAAGCUCGAUGGACGGGGGAGCCUCUGUUGUCUUGUAUAGCGAGAACAGCGCUGAGCUCUUGUCAUGGUACACAGCCAUCAAGGAUCGUAUAUCAAUGCUUCUGGACCAAUCAGUAAACAUGACGAACUCUUCAUUACCAUUCGAUGAGCAGAUUCUACACAUGUGUUGGGUAUGGGAGAGACUCAAGUCCACCAACCACUGGAACAUCUGGAAGCGCAAGUUUCUGACAAUCAAAGGCCCGCUACUGCAACUCUUCGAGAUGCCUCCGGUUGUCACGCGUGACUGGAUGCAAAGUGAUGUUACGCAUAACCUGAUGGAGAUCGUGUUUCACGUCUGUACAGACGAUGAGCUCGUGGAUAAGAGAGAAAACUGUUUCUGUAUUCAGACCAGUUCCUCAGAUGUUAAUUAUCUCAGCGUAGAUACUCAAGCCGACAUGAUGGAAAUCGCAAACGGUGUUCAUAAGGCAACACACAACGCCGUGGCUCAAGUGGAGUGUCGGACAUUUCCUGGCAAGUGGCAUGGCCGCAAUGUGAAGCUGGUACUCGACUUAAAGAGGGGACUACGACUAUACAGCGCAGAGGAUAGGACGUUACUGUGGCAGUACCGGUUCUCGUUUCUUCGCGGAUCCUCUGACGAUGCCAAACGAAAGAUCACUUUGCUUUUCUCUCCCACACCAACAGGGCCUUUCGACAGACAGGAACUGGAAUUCUCCAACAUGCAACAGGUUCUGACGGUCAUGCACGCUUUCUAUGCAGCAAAGGUUGCACAAGUGGACCCUAAAUUUGUCUACGAGAACACGCUAUGACACGCAUAGAACACGCUGUGAUCCGUAUAGAACACGCCAUGACCCGCACAGAACACUCUAUGACAUGCAUAGAACACUACAUAGCCAAUAAGUGUAUUGGCCAUAAAUUAUAAUAAUUUUCAAAAAUAGUUUCAGGGUAGGAACCGGCCGAACAUAAAGAAUGAACAAGACUUUUAUUGAUAUUAAGAUUUUAUGAAUUUGCAGUAAAAAUAUUAAAUGAUUAUAAAAAUAUUACAAAUUUUAAGAAGCACACUCGGUGUUGAACGUUGUUUUUACCAUUCAUGAAAUAUUCGGUAGUGUCUCGUGGAUUAGCUCUAGGGGCAAGUACGAAAACACGACAUGGUUUUCUUUUAAAGAUUGUGGAGCCAAGGAUUCCCUUUGUGCAGAUAUAUAAUAAAAAAAACGAUACUGUUUGA